GAACAGAAAAUGAAGAAUUCUCAGAGGCUUGUAUUUCUUUGUUUAGGGGUAUGCAUUUUCUCAUUACAGUGGAUACUGACCCAUCAGCAAGUAAAUAUGGCCUUACGAGGAAUAGCAGCACAAUCUUCUACAUUUGUAAACGUUUAUCCUGCCAACUUGGCUAUUGAUGGCAACACAGCAUCUAACUUGGGUUCUGGCUCAUGUACACACACAAAUGGAGACUAUGGCGCAUGGUGGCGGGUGGAUUUGCUGGCAUUGUUUGAUAUUAGCACUGUAAUCAUUACUAACAGAGGCGACGCCUGUCCAGAGCGAAUAAACGGUGCUGAGAUUCACAUUGGCAAAUCUCUAGUCAACAACGGCAACAAUAACCCCAGAUGUGUUGUUAUUUCUAGCAUCCCUGCUGGUGUGUCUGCAAAUUACACCUGCAAUAUGAUGGGUCGUUACGUGAACAUCAUCAUUCCCAAUAUUAAUCAGUACCUUACUCUUUGUGAGGUGCAAGUCUUUGGAGUUCCAGUGCCCAUUAUUAAGAGGGUAUUUCUGAGCUUAAAGAUUAAGAGCAAUGAGGAUGUCAACAACCCCACCAUUAGGGACAAGGUUCUUCAAAAGAUUCAAUCAGUCUGUCCGCAGCGACUGGUGUUUCAGAUUCGCUGGACAAUGGAACCAGAACUGGAAACAAAAAAAAAUUGAUAUUGCUUCAUCUGCCCCAUCCAG